UGAUAUGAGAAACUAGUGUAGCCUCCGAUGGGGGUGAAAAACAACAAUAAUACAGUUAUUUACAAGUUAUUUACAAGUGUACUGUACGGACACUUCAUUAGGUAGGCUUCACCUGAACGAUCGAAGCACAGGUACGAAGAUGCAACCUUCACUAUAGUAUUUGUUUUUGAGAUGGACGUCAGCAGCACCCUGCGCACUGCCAGCCACACCAGAAAAUCCAGAGAGGCAGAUGACACGCCGCCUCAGAGGUCGACAAGGCAGCGCACAGCGCUGGGCCAGCUUUCAGUGAACGAGCAGCGCUGUCCGUCACGGACUCAGGGAAGCUGUAGUUCCAGAGCCAGCCGACAUACUGAUAGCUCCCUGUCAAUCACAGGCAGCCAAGGCGGCCAUGACCAGGAGGACGUUGAUGCUGAUGACGAACUUUCCCUCGGUGCUGAGGUUUCACACCUGAGAAAGGAAGAUGCGAGGCUUCUGCUGGAGCGACCUUCAGGGUCGAGGCAUGUUGAUGAUUUUACGUCCAACCACGCCCUGAGGGUCGUGGAGGGGUCACAGUACGUCGACGACAUCCACCGCCACAUGAGGGGCAAGGAGACGGCGUUCCAGCCAACAUCACAGUACAUGGUUCAGCACCCGGAGCUCAACGCUAACAUGCGUGUCAUCCUGGUGGACUGGAUGGCGGAGGUGUCCCACAUGUACAAGUUCGACUCCGAGACGCUGCACUUGGCCGUCAACUACGUGGACCGCUUCCUGUCACGCACGGCCUACUUGAGACGCAGUAGGCUGCAGCUGCUCGGUACGGCGGCGCUGUUCGUCGCCAUGAAAUACGAGGAGGUCCACUUGCGUGACCUGGGGGAGUUUGUACACGUCACAGCCGACACGUACACACAACAGCAGCUCAUCCACAUGGAAGGUCAGCUGCUCAGGGUGCUGCACUUCAGGUUGACCACGCCCACCGCCAACAACUUCCUCCGCCUCUUCAUGUUCGUCCAUGCGGUGUGUGCCAUCACGGAGAACCUCAGCCUGUAUCUCCUGGAGCUGAGUCUGCUAGAGAUGGAUCUUCUCGACUACACCGCAUCCGUGAUGGCGGCCGCCGCACUCUGCCUCGCCAAUUACACCGUCAACAGAAGGCUCUGGCCUGGUUGCCUUGCUGACUUGACCGGCUACUUGUUGGAUGACAUCACAGCCUGCAUGAGUGCUUUGCACAAGCUGCAUCUGAGUGCUCCGACACAUCCCCAACAGGUCAUCAGGGAUGAAUUCAAGAGAUCCAAGUAA